AUGGGCAUAUGUGGAGGAUAAGGGAGAAAGAAACUCUCGAAGCUAACUCUUGAAUAAACAAAGGAUUAAAUAGGAACCACUUUGAAUAAUGAGAAUCCAGGAUCCUCAAAAUAAUCCAGGUUCGUUAAACAAUUAACAGAUUUCAAAGUUGAUCCCUCUAUAUUUGUUACCUUGAAGAAGGGAGAUCUAUUGAAUUCUUACAAAAUAGAUUAGCUAUUAGGAGAAGGUAUCAUUGUGUGAUGGAUUAUAAAGGCACUUAUGGGAAAGUGAGCCUAGUAACUUAGAAAGGAACGGGACUUUAGAGAGCGAUGAAAUAGAUUCGGAAGGAUAAAAUAGUAAUUGAAUAGAAGGAUAGCAUGAUAUAAGAAGUGUCUAUACUCAAGGAAUUAGAUCAUCCAAAUAUUGUUAAUAUAUACGAAUUGUACGAAGAUGAAACUUUUUAUUAUAUUAUCACAGAGUAUGCUUUAUCAUUUCAAUAGAUUUUAAGAUAUUUGAGUGGAGGUGAAUUAUUUGAGAAAAUCAAUCAGAUUGAUCAUUUCAAUGAAACAAUCGCAGCUGGAUACAUAAGAAAAAUUUUAGAAGCAGUUAACUACUGUCAUACUCGUAAUAUUGUCCACAGGUAUUGAUCUAAACACCUAUAAUGAUUAGAGAUCUAAAACCUGAAAAUAUUUUAUUUGAAUCCAAGAAAGCUCAUUCUAGUUUAAAGAUUAUUGAUUUUGGAACAGCUAAGUAAAUUGCUGAUUCAAACAAAUUAUCCCAAAGAAUAGGAACUGUAAACAUAUAAUUAAAUAUCUUAUAAAGCCAUAUUACAUCGCUCCUGAAGUAAUUAAUAAGCGAUAUGAUUAAAAAUGCGAUGUGUGGUCUUGUGGUGUUAUCCUAUUCAUUAUGCUAUGCGGUUAUCCUCCUUUUAAUGGAUAAAAUUAGUAAGAAUUAUACUAAAAAAUAUAAAGUGGCAUUUUUUCAUUUGAUGGUAAUUUAAUGAUUAAAAUUCAAAGAACCUGAAUGGGAAGACAUUUCUGAAGAUGCUAAAAACUUGAUUAAGAAAAUGUUGGUAAUUGAUCCUGAAUAAAGAAUUUCUGCAUCUGAAGCAUUACGUCAUGAUUGGAUGCUCAUUAAUCAAAAAGGUAAGAAAAUUAACUCGAAAUCUUUGGAAAAACUUUCUAAAUUUCAUGUAUAUGUUAUUUUUAUCAUAAGAGUUAAAGUAAGUUGAAAGCAGCAAUAAUGUAACUCAUCUCAACUUAAGUUAUGUCUAAUCACGAAAAAAAGAAAAUUUAAACUUAAUUUAAAAAAAUAGAUGUUAAUAAAGACGGUACAUUGAGUCGAGAAGAACUUUUUAAGUGCUAUAGAGAAUUAUAUGAUGAUGAAAUGAAAUGUCAGGAAAUUGUUGAAAAUUUAUUUUAAUAAGCUGAUGUCAAUGGAUCCAAUUAAAUUGAUUACACUGAAUUCAUUGUUGCCUUUGCAAAAAAAGAACAAUUGACGGCAUAGAAUAAAUUAGAAAAAGCAUUUAGACUUUUCGAUAAGGAUGGAAAUGGAUAAAUCAGUAAGUAAGAGUUAUAGGAAAUAAUGGGGGGAGCUUAGUUAAGCGAAGGCGAAUGGAACAAUGUCUUUAAUGAAUUAGAUCUUAAUGGCGAUGGAAUUGUAAACUUUUAAGAAUUUACAGAUAUGCUAAUUAGAAAUGCUAAUGAAUAAGAUUGA